CUUCCUUCCAGUUGUUUUCCUGAGUGUCCUGUGCCCAAGGAAAGGAAGGAAGCCAUCACAGCAUCACACAAGCAUUGCUUCUUGCUCGCAAGCGCAACCACACGCACGCACGAUCAUCAGCAGUGCAAAGCCUGCAAGCUUCAUUUUGUGAUCAGACCAUCAUCAUCAUCAUGCCCUCCCGCGUGCUGAACCGACGAAGACGUCGCCAGCUGCACGAGUGCGUGGAGGCAGGGGAUGCGACUCGGUUAGGGCGGCUGCUGCGCUGGCCGGCGAGGCAGCGCAUCAUGCGCGAGAAAGCAUUUGCACGAAAGCUCAUGCACAUCGCCUGUUGCCGCCCUUGGGACGCGCACACACCACAAGCCUGUCUCUCUCGCAACCUUCCCUUGGAAGAGCUCCUGAAGAGCGGUGUGGACGUGAACAUCGAGGAUGACGAAGGCAACACGCCCUUGUUCAUCACGUGCUCCCAGCCACACGCUCUCUCCUCAACCUGUGCUCUCAUCGCAGCUGGUGCCAACAUCAACCAUCACAACGCCGCCGGUGAGACCCCACUGCACAUUGCAGCGUCAAAUGGCCUUGUGCAUACAACAGAGACGCUGCUCAGCGCUGGCGCCAUUACCAUUGCGACGCUGAGUGGAGACACCCCUUUGAUGCUGGCACUGAAAGCACAUCACAUCAUGGUGGCCCAGCUGCUGUUGUCGAUCGAAGCCGCAAUGGGACGGGAGCAUUUGGAUGCCGUCAUAGCUUCACUCCAACACACACUUGGCAUGUCACCUGAAGUGCGCAUUCUACUGUCGAGCGUCAAGGCGAACCCGAUUGCCCUUGGAAGGCCCGCGGAAACCGAUCAUGUUCCCAUUGCAGCGCAACGGCGAGCCAUCACCGCCCAUCUCUUCAAAUCUCGCGGCUUCAGAUAUGUGACCGUGUCUCGCAAUCCAACGCACCAAUGGCCGUUUGUUGUGCGUGGCUGUAUCGAAACCGCCUCUCUUCCCACCAUCCAUCUUCUGCCAUCAUUCCGCCAAGGCAGAGAACCAGUUGUGGACGGUGACGCCAUUCUCGCCGUUGACAGCACCGCUGUGGCUGCGUCAACACACGCUGCCAUCGGCACCAUCUUGGACGACGCGCCGUCGAAGAUUCAUCUCCUCAUCAUGCGACGCCUGCCAGCUGAAGGGGCAGCGGCAAUUGCGCCUCUCGUGACAAGCCCAACACCAGACCUGCCAGGCACUCUGUUUCACAGCGCCCUGCGAAAGCAGUUUCUCGUCAUUGCUCCAAAAUCAAACGUGUUUGAAGGACCUGCGUGGACGCGACGAUUGAGUCGGCCUGACGUUUUAGUUGGCAAGGCAGUUGGCAUUUCCCACAGUGACUACAAGCGCAUUGUUGCAAAUGGACUGUGCAUUGAGCUGCCAAAUCCGUGCAAGAGCGACAUCGCCAGCGAAGGCAGCAUUGGCCACACCACCGAUUACAACAGCACGACACAUGGCAAGCGCAGUGGCAGACAACAGCCAAGUGCAGCUCGCGCGAGCAACACCACGGCUGCCGACUCUUUGGAUUCGUGGGAGCACUCGCCCUGUGCCACGCUACUGCCUGCAGCCACCAUCAACCGCUUGGGGGAGAUUGGUGUGACGCGAACACGUGCGUUGCUUGAGCUGCGCAUACAGCAGCUGCAACGCGCCAUUCAUCGCAUCCAACACCACGAAGCAACAGCACAACGCCAGUUUGAGUGGCUGCGACGGCAGCCAGACCCACAGCCGAGCUGUGAUGCUGGGAAACGCUUCGCCGAUCUCAACCGCUAUGAGGACGUCCUUCCUUUCGAUCACACGCGUGUUGUGUUGGACGUGGAUGAGGAUGGAUACAUCAACGCAAGCGGCAUCCGUGAUGUCGACAAGCACGUGCGGUGGAUUGCAACGCAAGCACCGAUCCCGCAGUCCUUUGACAGAUUCUGGGUGAUGGUGUGGCAUGAACGUGUUGCCGUCAUUGUCAUGCUCACAGACCUCACUGAGGGCGGCAGGGUGAAGUGCGAUCGGUAUUGGCCUGGGGAGGAGCACUGGCUCGUCGUGUCGCACCUCAGCGUCAAGCUGGAGGCGGAGACAAGUCUGAGCGACCGCAUCGUCGACAGGCACUUCGUAGUCCACAACUGCAUCACAGGAGAGAUGCGCGUCGUGCAUCAGCUGUUGUUCCGCCGCUGGUUUGAUUUCACGGCACCCGAAGGAGCGAUGGAUGUCAUUCGCCUCCGCGCCUUUGUGCAGAAACUUAACCCGCCAAUUCCACAGUGCACAUCACCACGGCCGGUUGUCGUGCAUUGCAGUGCUGGAGUUGGACGGACGGGCACCUUUAUCGCCAUCGAUUACAUCCUCUCCGCCACCGAGGAACGGCUGUGCGUGCCGCGCGCUGUUGAGGCGUUGGACGCGGAGACAAACGUUGCGCACGUGGUGGCCACGCUUCGCCGUGAUCGCAUGAAGAUGGUUAAGACGGAGAGCCAGUAUGCGUUCAUCUUUGCCGCCGUGCGAGCUGCGCUGAGCCGCGUUGAGAGCACAAUGCGCGCACAUGUCGAGCAGAUGCAGCCUGUCACCUCGCCACGCGACCGCAUCCACCAGCACACUAUGCAGCAGCUGGCACAGCGGCUACGCGACGCACAGGGCGUCAACACACAACAGCGCAGAGCGAACAAGAAGCAAGAGGAAGAAGAGCAGAAGCGCGCACAGCAGCUGUACGCAAGAUACACGCGCUUGACGUCGUCCUUGCGAUCGCCAUCACCAACAUCGGCAACAUCGGCAACAUCGGCAACAUCGCCCACAUCGCUCAAGCGAUCCACAGCCGCAGUGUUUGCGCUGUCACCGCAACCAUCAGCAUCAUCAGCAACAUCGUCCAUGAUUGUGUCGCCACGUCUUGCACUGCCAGUUCCGGCCCGCCGCACCCCACACCCGUGACGCGUUCAGUCGCAACUUGGGUUGUGGAGAGGAAGGGGUGGGGGAAGGGGCUGGUGUGCUUUUUACUCUGUACAUGUGGUGGUGUGCAUGUCUGUGCAAUGUGCGUAGACCGUUGUGUAUUUAUGUGUGUGCAGACCGUUGUGUAUUUAUGUGUGCAUUGGACACUUGACACGGUACAGUACAAUGGCACGCACGCAAGGAAGCGAAA